CCUUCAUAAAAGGUAAUUUUAUUUAUUAUUUCGCAAUUGCGUUCUUUGUAUUUUGUUCCUAAAGCUGCAGGAAUCUGGAAAAAAAAUGGCUGCUGAGAAAUUGACUCCAGUUGAACUUGAGAGCAUUCGUCUGUUGGAUUGCAAGGCAAGAUCAAUCAGUAAUGACCAGAUAUUUGAUGUGGAGGAGAAUGUGAGGACAAAGUUUGGACCAGUGCAUGUAGUGAUGCAUGGAGACAGGAGGAACCCAGCCAUAUUGACCUACCAUGAUAUCGGUCUCAACAGCACCUCGUGCUUCCAAGGUUUCUUCAAUUACGUUGAGAUGCAGGUCAUCAUGAAGAACUUCUGCGUCUACCACGUCAAUGCCAUCGGCCAGGAAGAAAAUGCUCCAACUCUUCCUCAAGGGUUGGGCUUAACUGAUUCAGCCCCUUUGGCCACAGAAUACAUCUACCCGUCAAUGGAUGAACUGGCCAGCACACUGGUCACUGUGCUUGAUCAUUACAAUUUGAAGACAAUCAUUGGUUUUGGUGUGGGUGCAGGAGCUAACAUUCUAUCUAGAUUUGCUUUAUCGAGACCGGAACGUGUGGAGGCGCUGGUCCUGUUGAACGGCAAUGCGUCACAGGCAGGUUGGAUCGAGUGGGCGUAUCAGAAGUGGAAUGCCUGGUACCUUAAAAGCGGUAUGAUGACGGCCGGCGUGGAAGAGUACAUGAUCUGGCAUUGGUUUGGAAGUAAGACAGGUGACACAAGCCAAGACUUGGUGAACGUGUAUAUGGAAUACGUCAAGUCAAUCAAUCCCACCAAUCUCGGACACUUCAUAUCAUCCUACAUCAGACGUACAGACCUCGGCAUCACCAGAGAACUGGAUCACACUAAGAAGAACCAUGUGAAAAAUUUCUCGUGUCCAGUGAUGUUAGUAGCAGGGGACCACUCCCCCCACCUCGACGACACAAUCACUAUGAAUGGAAGACUCGAUCCUUCAAACUCCACUUGGAUGAAGUUCAAUUGCGGUGGCAUGAUAUUGGAGGAGGCACCAGGCAAGUUGUGUGAGGCACUCCGUCUCUUCCUUCAAGGACUCGGAUACGUUCCAGCACUGAGGCGCAAGUCGGAAGUGGAUCCUGCACCACAGAUCCCGAAGUUGAGCAGCCUCACCAGCCACCCACAACCAACCAACUUCGAAGUUUGUUGAAGGAUCGAUCGUCCAACACGGCUGACAUUCCCACAUCUCAUCAUCGUUUAACACUUUUCUACUUGUUUUGCACAUUGAACAUUUGACUAGUAACAUUUUUAUCCGUAUAUUUGAAUUUAUAUAGAUACACUCACACACACACACACAUAUAUAUAUAUAAAUAAUUUUCUGUUCACGUUUCUCACGUCAAAAUAUCAAUUAUGGCCAGUAAUGUUGUGACGAUAAAAGCACUACUGAUGUCUCGACAGCGAUGUCGUCUUAUCGUGUUAUGAUGAUUGCCGUCUGACAUUUUGUUAAUAAGUGUUGUGUUGAUUGUGGUGUUACGCCGAUGAUGUUGUGGAUACCACUACGGUGUUUGCCCUAGCAUCAUUGACAAUGUUAACUUAUUAAAAUAUUGAUCGCUUGUACAUUUAAUAACAUUGCCACGAAAUUGGAAUUACUUUUUGAUUGACUGCUAUUAAUUAUGCAAUGUUAACUGUGUACAUUCCUUACAAUUUGCACUUUUUAUAUUUGCAUCCAAUGUUCUAAAGAUUGGCAUCAUUUCUAACUUGUCAUCAUUG